CAGAAGUGAUGCCACCAAGAAGAAAAGAGAAAUACAGACUUCCUGUUCCACUUCCAGAAGGCAAGGUCCUGGAUGAUGUGGAAGGAAAACAGUGGGUGCUGGGCAAGAUGAUUGGCGCUGGAGGAUUUGGUUUGAUAUAUUUAGAGACACUGGCCAUUUUUCUCUCCUAUGCUUAGUGUGGAGUAAAGGCAGCUUCCCGCAAAUUUAUAUCAAGCAAGAGCAAUCAGAAGCUACAACAUGUGUGAAAGAGGCUCAUGGAGGGCAUAGUGUCCAUUGUAGCUUUCCCCAUAAAUAACCCAGAUAAAGAUGCAAGACAUGUAAUAAAAGUGGAAUAUCAAGAAAAUGGCCCAUUAUUUUCAGAACUUAAAUUUUAUCAAAGAGCGGCCAAAAAAGACUGUAUCAAAAAAUGGAUAGAACUCAAACAGCUUGAUUAUUUAGGAAUUCCUCAGUUUUAUGGAUCUGGUAUUACUGAAUUCAAGGGAAAAAGUUACAGAUUUAUGGUAAUGGAAAGACUGGGAAUAGAUUUGCAGAAGAUCUCAGACCAGAAUGGUACUUUUAAAAAGUCAACUGUCCUGCAGCUAGGUAUCCGAAUGUUGGAUGUACUGGAAUAUAUACAUGAAAAUGAAUAUGUUCAUGCUGAUAUAAAAGCAGCGAAUCUACUUUUGGGUUACAGAAAUCCACAUCAGGUUUAUCUUGCAGAUUAUGGACUUUCCUACAGAUAUUGUCCCAAUGGGAACCACAAACAGUAUCAGGAAAAUCCUAGAAAAAGCCAUAAUGGGACAAUAGAGUUUACCAGCUUGGAUGCCCACAAGGGAGUAGCCCUGUCCAGACGAAGUGACCUUGAAAUCCUCGGCUACUGCCUGCUGCGGUGGUUAUGUGGGAGACUGCCCUGGGAGCAGAACCUGGAGGACCCUGUGGCUGUCCAGACAGCUAAAACUAAUCUGUUGGAUGAGCUGCCUGAGUCAGUGCUUAAAUGGGCUCCUUCCGGAAGCAGUUGCUGUGAAAUAGCCCAGUAUUUGGUAUGUGCUCAUAAUUUAGCGUAUGAUGAAAAGCCAAACUAUCAAAUGCUCAAGAAAAUUCUGAACCCAAGCGGAAUACCUUUAGGACCACUGGAAUUUUCCCCUAAAGGAGAGAGCUUAAAUGUGCGUACUCCAAAUAAUCAAAAGGUUGAUUCACGAAAGGCUGCAACAAAGCAAGUCAAUCAGAUGCAAAAUAGGUUACUAGAAAAAAAAGGCCACAGUGAGAAAAGUGCUGAGUCCUGCGCAACGUGGAGAAAAGUGCAAGAGGAGGAGAGGUUGAUUGGGUUGUUCAACAGUGAGACAGCACAGGAAAGCACAAGGAGAAGACAAAAAUACUGUGAGUCUCAAGAAUUUCUGAAUGGAGUAAAAAGGUCUCCACAAAAAUCCAGCUGUAUACAGUCCCCCAAUUCAUUUUAUAAACCCCAUCAAGAUUUUACCAGUCCAGAUAUGUUCAACAAGUCAAGCUCUCCAUCUUGGUACACGGACACCUCUGCAACUGGUAUGGAGGUCACAGAAUUAGACAGUUCUACAGGAUUUUGGCUUACAAUUUCCCAGUUUACUCUUAGUGAAGAGAUAAAGGCAGAUGUAUAUUAUUAUGGCUUCACCAUUCUUCUUCUUUUGAUAUUAGUAUGUCUUGCUUUAUAUUUUCUCUAAAGAUAUCAAAUAAAAUCCUUUUGCUAAUUUAAGUUUCCAGUUCUUCACAGAAAUGUUGCAUUAUUUCAGGCUUUUCUCCCAGACAUUUUCAAGGUAAGUGGCUUAUAAAAAGAG